AUGUGGGUCGCGUGCGUUUCUUUGUUUGCGCUUAAAUUAACAAAAUUCACGUCUUCUUCGAUAACAAGCAGACCUGCAAGUGUGUCACGAAGGUUAUUUUCGCGGGGUAGUUGCUUUAAUUCGUUUGUGUACGUUACGAGAGCGGAACCGCAUUACAUGUCAAGCCAACCUAAGAGAGUUUGCACCGAAAACAUGACCGUUAAAAAGAUCGGAACCCACAACGGGACCUUCCACUGUGACGAGGUUCUGGCCUGUUUUUUCCUCCGUCAAUUACCUGAGUACUCGAGUGCAGAGAUUAUUCGGACCAGGGACCCGGCACAGCUGGCAAAGUGCGACAUUGUUGUGGAUGUUGGAGGAGAGUUUGAUCCAAAGAAGCAUCGCUAUGACCAUCAUCAGAGGACCUUUGCAGAGACCUUCAACAGCCUGUGUCCAGAGAAACCAUGGGUGACCAAGCUCAGUUCUGCCGGUCUGGUCUACCUACACUUCGGCCGUCGAGUGCUGGCACAGCUGUCGCAGCUGAAGGAGGACGACAGGCAGCUGGAAGUGCUCUAUGAUAAGCUGUAUGAGAACUUUGUGGAGGAGGUGGAUGCUGUUGACAACGGCAUCUCACAGUAUGAUGGGGAAGCCCGGUACAGCAUCUCCACCACGCUGAGUGCACGUGUCUCACACCUGAAUCCACGUUGGAACAGCACAAGUCAGGAUACUGAGGAGGGUUUCAAGAACGCACUGAAGAUGGUUGGGGAUGAGUUCCUGGAUCGUCUGGAUUUCUACAAGUCCUCCUGGCUGCCAGCUCGUGAGGUUGUGGAGGAAGCUGUUAAGAAAAGGCAUCAGAUAGAUCCCAGUGGGGAGGUGCUUCUUUUUCCCGAGGGUGGAUGUCCUUGGAAGGAGCAUUUGUUUGCCUUGGAGAAAGAGCUCCAGGUGGAGACACCCAUUAAGUUUGUCCUUUACCCAGACCAGAAUGGACAGUGGAGGGUCCAGUGUGUCCCUGCUGGGCUCAACACCUUCCAGAACAGGUUGUCACUGCCAGAAGAGUGGCGCGGUGUUCGGGAUGAAGCACUGUCAGAGCUCAGUGGGAUAAAGGGCUGCAUCUUUGUCCAUGCCGGAGGCUUUAUUGGCGGGAACAAGACCCAGGAAGGAGCCCUGGAGAUGGCCCGCAGGACCCUGCAGGUCGCCGCCCAGUACCCUGCAAACGGAAGCAGCUGACUUCAUAGAAAGGACAGCAGACAGCACAUUUUGUUCUCUGGUCCAGUUUUUAGAGAGGAUUAACCUUUUUUUUUUUUUUUUUUUGCUUAUUAUUCAGCUUGUAUAAACCAUUAUACAAACCGACUUGUUCUGGAUCAUCAUGUUGACUCAUGAUAUCCUCCUUCUCUCUACCUGUUCUUAUAAAUGUGUAUCUGUUUUGGUCUUCUUUUGAAAUAAAAGACUAUUUUGACACA